ACACUUACAUUUCUCCACACACACACACACACACACACACACCAUGUUGUCCUGAUCCGCAGUGUGUUAGUGUUUAAUGCGCGCUUUACAGUUCGGAGUCCUGGAAGAGAAGACACUUGGAUCCCGAGCAGUCGAGGCAAUGCUGAGCCAUCUCUCUCUCAGUCUGAUCUGUGUGUUGGGACUCCUGAACACACACACACAAGGAGUCGAACAUGACACGAGACUCGUCACAUCAGGUCCACUCGUGCAUCCUCAUUUGAUUGGAUGUCGUUCUAGUGAGUUGGCGACAUUCCGGUGUUGGUGGAGUUCUGGAACUUUCUCAAAUCUGAGUGAACCUGGAGCACUUUCCCUUUUCUUCCAGAUGAAAACUAUAACCCCCAGUGAGUGGCAGGAGUGUCCUGAAUACACACACUUCACACAGAAUGAGUGUUACUUCAGCAGAGAGUUCACACAGAUCUGGAAGACGUACUGUGUACAACUGCGCUCAGCUACACUCAAACACAACAUCACGUAUGACCAGCAGUGUUUCACUGUGGAGAACAUCGUGUACCCCGACCCCCCGGUCGGUCUGAACUGGACGCUGCUGAACAUCAGUCGUUCAGGGUUGAACUUUGACAUCAUGGUCCGUUGGGCUCCGCCCCCCUCAGCAGAGGUGCACACAGGCUGGAUGAGUCUGAAGUAUGAGGUUCACUAUCGAGUACAGAACUCCUCCCACUGGGACAAGUUGGAUCUGGAGAGUGGGACUCAGCAGUCUAUCUACGGUCUCCACACGGGUAAACAUUAUGAGGUUCGAGUUCGCUGUACGAUGUCUGCUUUCAAAAACUUUGGGGAUUUCAGUGACAGCGUCUUUGUUCAUGUCCCAUCAAUCCUGAGCCAAGAAUCGAUGUUCUCCACAAGGCUGCUGCUGAUUGCUGGGGUUGUCAUGCUGCUGAUCUUCCUCAUCCUCAUCCUCCUCUCACAGCAGCAGAGGUUAAUGGUGAUUUUGCUGCCUCCUGUUCCAGCUCCUAAAAUUAAAGGGAUUGAUCCAGAGCUUUUAAAGAAAGGGAAACUGGAUGAACUAAACUCUCUGCUCAGUCAGAACAUCUACAAACACGACUCGUAUCCUGAUGACUCGUGGGUCGAGUUUAUCCAGAUUGAUUUGGAUGAAGUGGCGGAGAAAAACGAGAGCUCGGACAAACAGCGUCUGCUUGGCCCCUCCCAUCACGGCUCCACUCUGUACCUAGGCUCCACCCACAAAGGUGAUGAUGAUUCCGGCCUAGAGAUGGAACCAGACAGGGAAGAGCGCCACCAUCUGGUCACCAGGAACAGCUCGACACCGACUCCGGAACCACAAACUGAGAAUCAGAUACAAUUUAAUCGAAUUGACGGGAAUAACUGGAUGAACAUGGAUUUUUAUGCACAAGUGAGUGACGUCACGCCUGCAGGGGGCGUUGUCCUUACAGCUGAGCAACAAAACAACACACUAAGCAAGAAAAAGGGUGAUGAAAUGGAAGAAGACAAGAAUAAGGACAUCCAGUUCAUGAUGAUUGACUCCGACAGAGGAUAUUCGUCUGAGAACGUCGCCCGACACCUUGUUUCUGACUCGCCGUCCAAUCAGAAUCCAGAUCAGCCGUAUCACGUUUUUAACCCUGGUGCUGAAGAAGAAAGGCAGGCAUCAUCCUACGUCUCUGAUCCUCCUCCACCUUCCAUACUCCCUCCUCUUCCAGACUACACUGUCGUACAGGAAGUGGACGAGCAGCACAGCGUCCUUCUGAAUCCCAGGUCUGCACCUCAGACUCCAUCUUGCCCUCAGAAUUCCACCAAAUGCCCCCCAAACAUGUCUGUCGGGUAUUUGACACCAGAGCUGCUGGAGAACUUCAGCCCCUGAGUGUGUAACACUGACGCACCUUCGUCCUUUGCCUGCUUUGAUCCAAAGUCACCACAUCAGGGCUGUAGUCCGUAUCAGUCAGCCAUAUUGUAACAGAGUGUGUGGUGAUCUGUUUGGCCAUAGGAAAAAUCUGUGUGUG